AGCCUAGGCGGCCUGGGAACCGCAACCCGCAGCCUUGCGAGCCUCCGAGCCAUGGCGUGCGCUGGGUUGCUCGCUGUGUGCUUGCUCCGGCCACCCGCGCCCCAGCCGCCACGACACCCCGCGCCUGCCGCGGGACACGCGCUUUUCCAGGAUGUUUUUCGCAGAGCAGACAAGAAUGAUGAUGGUAAGCUCUCAUUUGAAGAAUUCCAGAAUUACUUUGCUGACGGGGUUCUCAGCUCAGCGGAGCUGCGGGAACUGUUCAGUGGCGUCGAUGGGCAUCUCACCGACAAUUUAGAAACAGAGAAACUGUGUGACUAUUUCUCCAAACACCUGGGUGUCUAUCGGCCUGUGCUGGCUGCACUGGAGUCCCUGAACCGGGCGGUGCUCACUGCUAUGGACACAACAAAGCUGGAGUAUGAGCAGGCCUCCAAGGUGGACCAGUUUGUCACACGAUUCCUGCUUCGAGAGACUGUGAAUCAGCUCCAAGCCCUGCAGAGCUCCCUGGAGGGGGCAUCAGACACCUUGGAGGCCCAGGCCCGAGGUCAGCGGUCCGAUGAAGAAAAUAUGGAAGUGCAGAGUAGGUCCCGGAGCAGCCGGCGGGCAGGACGCAGAGCCUUGAGGAGCAUCAGCUGGUCACCAGCCUGGUCUCCUGGAUCCUCUGACACAGGGUGGACUUCAGAGGCCGAGCAGCAGUGGCGGCUGCAGGUCAACCGCCUCCAGGAGCUCAUAGACCAGCUGGAAUGCAAGGUACGUGGCUGGGGGGCCAGUGCCCCUCAGGGAGGACUUCUGUGGCACCUGCCCACACCAAUACAUGUUAGAGGCUUGGCCUAUAGUCUGUGUCCCUUGCAGGCACCCCGGCUGGAACCCCUGCAUGAAGAGGACCUUGCCAAGGGUCCUGACUCGCACAUCCUUGUGGCGCAGAGGCAGGUACAGGUGGCAGAGGAUGCCCUGCAGGAUUUUCAUCGUGCCCUGUGCUGCUACAUGAACUUCACAGGGGCCCAGAGCCAUUGUCUGCAUGUGUCUGCCCAGAAGAUGCUAGACCAUGCUGCCUUCACCCUAUAUGAGUUCUGGCAGGAUGAAGCCUCCUGGAGAAGGCACCAGCAGUCGCCCUGCAGCAAGGCCUUCCAGCGCACCCUCAUCGAUCACCUGCAGGUCCCAGACACCCUCACCACUGUGUUCUUCCCAGCCUCCUGGUGGAUUAUGAAUAAUAACUGAGUUGGGUCUGCUUAAGCUGGUGACUCUGCAGCCUAUCACUCUAGAACCUUCUGCGUUGGUCAACUCGACACUAAGACCAAGGAGCCUGCCUAUUCUCAGGCCGAGGGCCUGAUGAGCUGGUAGAGGGUUUCAACACAGGGGUUAGGGUCUGGGCUGCUUGCUUCUUUAUUUCUUUUACUGUUUGUAGCUUCCAAGCACCCGGGCUUCUGCCUGACCUAGGAAGCCCAGAUUCUGGUCCCCCUUUCCUCUGCCUUGCUGUAUGACCCAGGCAGAUCCCUUCCCUCUCUGGCUGCCUAGGGGUGUCCUGCUUUCUGCUUGCUGUUUUGGGGUUAGAUUUCUGUUCUUCCUCAACCAGUGGCAGAACCAGGGCUGAUGCUCAGGGACCCCCUCAAACCCUGGAACCUUGACUCCCAAGGCUAGGCCAACUCAGUCCAUAGUGCAGAGUAGAAACCUGGGUGUUUAUCACACUUCUGGGUCAGCCCUAGAAUUUCUAGCAUCAGUGGCUGUACCAGAGACCUCUGGAGGAUCCUGGGUUGGUUUGCAUGUCAUCUGCAUAUCAUUUGCAUGCUCUCACCCCACCCACUCUCAGGGCAUUAUGAGAAGCCCCAAGAAGACCUUGCAGAGUAGCAAUAAUUUGUGCCUAGAGUUCCCUGUUGCCCCCAGAGAUCUCUGAACCCAAGUGUGGGACCCCAGCACAGAGGCAAUAAAGUUGGUGGUCGCUUGUGGUGUU